AUGCCACUAACAUUCUAUUUUGUACUGCAGCUGUUUUUUCCAAUUGUUGAAUUGCAAAAUAUCACUAACAAGCAGAAAAUAAUAGAUGAAUUACUGAUAGACUAUGAUAAGGGGAUAUCACCAACUGAGGAUGUGGGAAAUGGCCCAGUGGUAGACUAUGUACAAUUAUAUAUAUUAAGUCUGGACUUCCCGGGAGACAAAACAAUGGAUUUCGAGAUGAGCUUCUUCUUGCGACAGCGGUGGAAAGAUUCGCGACUAACAUAUAAUAUAAGUGGAGUAACCGUUCUUGAACUAGACCAAUAUGCCAUUGACGCCGUCUGGGUGCCAGACAUUUACUUCCUAAAUGAAAAAUCAGCUAAGUUCCACAACGUAUUUGUUCCAAACAGAAUGCUCAAUAUAUUGCCUGAAGGUGAAUUGUUACAUAGCAUAAGAGUCACGGGAACAUACUCGUGUCACAUGGACCUGAGAAAGUAUCCCCUUGACAAACAGAUUUGCUCUUUAACAAUUGAGAGUUAUGGCCAUAGUACUAAAUAUCUGGAGGUGCGCUGGACUUCUACACCUGCUCUUCUCAGUCCCAGCAUAAAACUGACUCAGUUCACUGUAGACAGAACUGUACCUUACAUAUGUGAUCGGCAAUAUAUGGAAUAUAACUACUCAUGUAUAGGACUUGACCUAUACAUGACAAGGAUGAAUGGGUUCUACUUUACUCACAUGUACGUACCGUCCAUUCUCAUUGUCACACUCUCUUGGGUUUCCUUCUGGAUCGAUAUCGAGGCAACAGCAGCCAGGACAUCUCUGGGAAUUCUAACCGUGUUAGCAAUGACGACCCAGAAUGAAUUUAUCAAAAUCCAAAACGUUUCGUAUAUAACAGCCAUGAACGUCUGGACAGCAGCGAGUCUCGCUUUCGUUUUUCUUGCCGUGAUUGAAUUUGCAUAUAUAAAUGUUCAAACCCGCCAGCAUCUUAAAAAGACGCUGACCAAAGUAUCCAGCACCUCUAAUUCAAACAACUUAAAUGACACAAUAAAAAGUAACAUUUCCAUUCCUACCAAUGAAACAAACGGUAUACAGGUUUCAGAGAAGAAAUAUACCCUUGAUAAGAUGGAUAUGGAUAACAAGAGAGGGAGGACAGUGGAUAGACACGCUCGUGUCGCAUUCCCUUUGUGCUACAUAUUGUUUAACGUUGUGUACUGGUCUGUCUAUUUUGUGUGGGAACCAGUUAAAGACAAGAAUCAUUGAAAGUACAAGUUUUAAUAACAUGUAGUUUAUAUAAACAUGAAUCUUGAAAAUUUUUAAAAAGUCUUUGUGAUGUUGAGAAUAAGUGAUGCAAGAUCAUUGUUCAUUUAUAUACAUAUCUCGAGUAGGAGAUUAAGGUCCGGUCAUCUAUGCAAGUUAAGGCUUAAUAUUUUAAUUUGAAAGUUUGAAUUUGUUAACUUUUUGCAAAACAUUUACUGCACUCUCUAACUGAAAGAACACUAAAGUCUUCACUAAAGAGAUAUGGAAACGAUAGACCAUUACUUUGUCACGGAAGUGCUUUCCAUAUGCUUUUCGAAAUUAAAUAGAAAAAA